AUGCAGCAGCAACAAGAGCAACAACUGCAGCAAACAUCUUAUACUUCCCCGUAUCAACAACAACAGCAACAGAAAGUACAGCAAUUCAUGAUAAAUCAGACACAAUCCUCUCAUAUGCAGCAGCAAUCGUUUCAAGAACAAUCACAAACCCCAUCAACGUCGGUUCCACAGCUUGAGAGUUUGCAGCUUCAGGCCCAAACGGAAUUGCAACAGAAGCAGCUGCUCGAUAAUACAUUGUCGACACAGCCACAACAACCCCAAGUACAGCCUGUGCUAGCACCUCAGCAGCAAACCGGAUUUGGUGUCGCACCAACUCUGAGCGAUACCCCACCUGCUCAGCCACUUCCUAUGCCACAUACGUCGAGGCAAAGUGCUACUCCUACGCAGGCCAUUUCAUCUGCACAAAUGCUUCAGUUACUGCAGACUAAUAUGUCGGUACUCCAACGACAAUGGACUAUCACCAAUGCUCAGCCUGAUGGUCCCAAUAAAGUUGCUGCUCUUCAAUAUCUAACCCUACAAAUGCGCCGGCUUAUGAAUACGCAAGAAUCUAUCUUACAGACCGCACGAGACCCUAACAAACAAACCGAAGUAACCAGGGAUGCAAACUCAGCCCACAUGAGACUGACAACAUCAUCUCCCCUGGUUUCUGCUCCGGCUGCAUCUAGUCAAAUCCCCAUGUCGACUCUAAUGCCAAUGCAUGUGACACAGCAAUCUCAGAAUUCCUCACCGGUGAUGCCGCCCUCACAGUCUACAAGUCAUGCAGCCAGUUUUCGCUCAUCUAUGACACCUGGGCCAAAUCCGACUUUCCAACCGUCGGUUAAUAUGAUGCACACCCCGGAUCCGAAACCAGACCCGAAUCACUCCGUUUCGCUUUCGUUUCAGAAUCACAAUGCGGGAGAACCAACGCCUCAACUCAUGCCUCCGCAGUCAGAUUCUCAGUCUAUAACAUCUUUGCCUCAGUCACAACAACCCUCUUCUUUGACACAGGUCCAGUCGCAGGCGCCUCCACAACCUCAGACAAAAUCAACUCCGAUGUCAGCACAACAGACUACCAUACCAGUGAACCCAGUGCCUCGUGAUUUCGUGUCUACAGUAUAUCUCUUCCUGGCCCAACGGGGAGUCGCAUUACCACCUGACUGGUCGUCACCUUUCGUGGGUCCUGCAGCUAACGGCAGGCCCGGUGAGGUGCGGUCGAUUGACAUGCAAUCUCUUUUCGCGAAGGUAAUCAGCUAUGGAGGGUCCGAACAAAUUUUCUCCAUGCCGAAUGGAUGGGCUUUUCUUGCACAACAAUUGAACCUAGCGGUCGAACCAUCUAAUAACACGGGCUCACUUAACGCAAUCCCCACUCCAAGCGAAGUGCCUGGCCGUCUCGCUGCUUACUAUACGCAACGACUUUCGCUUUUCGAGAGAUCUUGGAUUGCGUCACAGCGUCGCAACGUGUCUGAUUCAUCUUGUUCAGGGACAGUGAUGCCUGACAGGCCAGGAAGUGAUCUUCAUGGUAAUCUGGCACCUCGUGCAACUUCAAAUCGGGAAUCGGUGCCUCCGGAUUCACGGUCAUUGAAUGGUGCUGGUUCACCUUCGUCAGCCCAGAUUGGGAUGUCCGCAACGACGGUCGGUGGUUCUCCUAGCAUGCCAAUUCAAAACCAUCCGUUUGGGCAUUUAGAACCUAAUCAAGUCCACAUGGCAAUUGGGCAGCACCUCAAUCAGCUCCAGGCUCUAGUAUCAGCCGGACAAUUAACGCCUCAAAUGGCUAUGGCGCGAUAUUCAGCAAUCCAACAAGCCCUUCAGGCCUAUAAUAACGAACGAGUGGUGAAUUCAAACUCGACGAAUCCAGCUUAUAACUUGCAAUCGCCUUCUUCUGUAACUCUUCCUGCAACGCCUGGGACUACACUAUCCCAGUCUUCCCCUAAGGUUUCAUAUCAGCCGCAACAGCAUUAUCAGCAACAAAAACCUGUUCAAUUAUCGCACCAGGAGCAGCCACCAAAACAGCCGACGCAGCAACCAUAUCAGCCGCAACUCCAGCCACCACAACAGCCAGAUCCAAAAGUCCAACCACUAUCUCAGCAGGUUCCGCCGCAAUCACAACCUCAAGGCCAGCCGAGCUUGCCACCGCAGUAUCAAACGCAUUGGUCGCAGCCGCAAGAGCUGCCUUCCAAUAUGCCUAACACGCAAAUUCCAAGUGUUUUACAAACUGCGGUGCUUCCUGUUUCGUCUGUGCCCCCGUCAGAACGUAUUUUGAAUGCGCAUCUCUCUAAUGGACCAACUAGUUUGGAUAAAUCGAGCUCAAACUCCGGUUCACAAGUACCGCAACAACAUGCAAAGUCAGAUACAUCAUCACAUUCUGGAGCCACAAGAUCAACGCAAACACACAAGCCAGCGGCGUCGAAAAAUUCGCUGCCUUUACUCAGUACGCCACCAAAGCAUCCAGCACUGGGACGAGCCCAGUCAGAAGCUCCAACGGAAAGUCCUGACGUCAUUCAUUCAUCUCCGACGCACAAAGUGAGCGCUUAUGUGACAGAUAUGCACUCAAGAUCACAAGGACGUACUAGUAUGGACACUAUCGUGCCUAAUAAGUACAAGAUUGAGUAUUUGCCAAGUGAAGUGAAGCUUCAUACAUAUGGCGGCCGAGAUCUGGAUAAGAUGGACCACGAGCUUGCGCCACGGCUUGCGGAGCACGCUCGUGCUCUCAGUGUGAAGGAGUUGGGCAUGGUGGAUAUAUUUGGACUAACCAUGUCGCUUCAGUCUGGCAUGUCAUUUGAAGUCGCAUAUGCUCUGAAUACCCUCUUGAUCUUGUCUGCUGGUGUCGAUGCACCAGCGAAUUAUCAGUUUCCUCUAGCACCAUGCGAAGAUUUGCUUGAUGUCCUUCUCGACCUAUUGGAGCAAGUCAUGCCGCCUGAUUCGAUCGAGAGUUCCGUUGAAUACAUGGACGAAAGGGACAUGCUUACAUACUGCGAUGCUGUGGACAUGGCACUGCAAGACGAAGGAGAAGUCCGCAAGUGGCGUCGGCAAAGCGUCUCUCUAUCGGAAGAACAUGCGGCGGAUCAACGUGUUGCCGUGGCUCAAGCGAUUGUGACGAUUUUUCGUAACUUGGCUAUUAUGCCUGAUAACAUGCUGUUUCUCAGUACGCAUCAGCGAUUCAUGCCGAUGAUUGCGUCCAUAUCGCGGUCUAUUCUACACGAUAAGCGCUGGGGCCGGUAUGCCAACGCUACAAAUUCAAUGUUUUCGUUGCGCGAAUUACUGGAUAUUGAGAAGGAUUUGCUUACGAUUUUGCUAGGUGUUUCCGGCGAAUCAUUUGACUUGACGCGGUUUUCCGUCGAUAGCACGGUGGCAUUAGUAGAUAUGCUGCGAUUUUUCAUUCUGGAUGCACUCGAGUUUGAGAGCCGGCAAGGUGCGUCGCCAAUGGCAUUAGAACGCAUCGGUUCGUUAUCUUCCAAGUCUGCAUCAAGUGCGUGGUCUACAACGUCGUCUUCUAUUGUCUCAUUCGGAGCAUCUGACUUGGCACAAUCAUUGUUUCUAUUUUACCAGGCCCCGCAUCACGCUUUCCUGGCUUUGCAGGCCCUCUCUCGUUUGUCCUUACCCGACCACAAUCGAGAGCUGUUGGCACGGCAAGUCCCAGCCUAUAUUCAAGUGCAGUUGAUCCACAAGCUUGUCGCCUUCCUCCCAGUUUCAUCAGCAGAUUUUCGCCGUCUUGCCAGUUUCACUCGACUCGAAUACACGGAGACAGUCGCGUUCUGUUUAUAUAACGUCGUAUAUCUCGCGCCACCAUCCGUCAAAGUGACUAUCCGAGAUCGCCUCGGUAUAACUGGUACUCUCUUCCGCGCGGCGAAGCAUUUGUUGCUAAGUGGAAAAGACUACACGCAGAACCCAUACAAUGUCUUAUCUCGUCGUCUAAUCGAGACUAUGCGUUUGCUGAGCGAUGGCAAAGACUAUUUUGGCGUUCCACCUCUACUCGGCAUGAACUGGCCGUUGGAAGAGGCAAGCACAGCACCAUCUACUGGUCAAGACGCUGUAUCGUUGUCACCCUCCCCUUCGAUGACGUCAAGAUCUCCGCCUCCAUCCUGCUCACGAGCCGGCGUGCUAUGUGGACAGGACGACAAGAUUAUCGAAGUCCUUGUCCGCACAGCCAAUUUAGAUGCCAGCCUGACAAGCGAGCUAUUGGCUCUGGUGUAG